UUGUCCUGAAUAACCGCCAAAACUAACCUUCACAAGCAUCGUGCCCCCCAAUUUUCUCUCUUUCUCCUGUUUCAUCCAUAUAUCUUCGUUUAUAUAAUAUUAAUAACUUCCAAGUUACAAGUUACAAGUUCCAACCAUCGAUCUUAAUUAGCUUGCUCUGUUUUGUGAAAAAGUGACCAAGACAAUGGCUUUGAACUCCAGAAAGGGAGACGCCACAGCUGAAGAAGCUUCAUGGUACUGUGCACUUCUCCUUGUUUCUUCCACUUUCCUCAUCAUGCUAACCAUCUUCACUGAUGAACACAAUAGCAGCACUAUUAUUACUCUCCGACGACCCUGCGAGGAGAUCUAUGUGGUCGGAGAAGGGGAGACACUUCACACCAUAAGUGACAAGUGCGGUGAUCCUUAUAUCGUUGACAACAACCCUCAUAUCCAUGACCCUGAUGAUGUCUUCCCUGGCCUUGUCAUCAAGAUUACACCUUCUUCUUCUUCUUCUCAAUAAUAUUUGUACUAAAAUUUGUUAUAAUCAUUAUUAUUAGUUAUUAACGUAUA